CUCUUAUCUCAUAUUUCGUCUAUCGAACUCCCUUCUCGAGAUUAAGAAAGGACAGACCGACAGACUAACGAAAAUUGGGAUUUACAGGCCUAGAAUUUUUUCAAAUUAUAGUGGUCGUUGAUAGUAUAUUUAAAAUAAUUCAAUCGGUUAAAAUUUAUAAACAACGGUUAUUUAAAAAAGAAUUUAAAUUCAAUUUAAAUAAUGGAACGAAAACAUUGAUAAGAAUGUUUAAUUCGAAUAUCUUCGAGGUGAAAAUGUAUUUGCUUAACGUAUUAAUGAAAAUAGGGAUAAUAACUCUGGUGAAUGUUUACAGCCGAGCCAGAUAUGAAAAUAUAUACAAAAUAAAAGAAUACAAAACGAUAAAGGUAGAAUAUUUUCCACUUGGCAACGGGGAAAUCUUUGUUGUUUUCCCUACGCCGUUAUUGAAAAAAAAGGAAUUUCGAGUCAGUAGAAACUCUACCAUCUUUUCGGCUGCGACGAAAGUCUACCUGUGCAAAGGGAGGAAAAUACAAAAGUCUCACCUGAAAAACUUUCACAGAUUGUUCUUUGUAGAAGGUAAAGGCUUAUUUGGAUAUUUCUACGAUAAUCAGUUUACCGGAAGAAUACAAAUCCUCAACGACGUUUACUAUGUCGAACGGUAUUCUGAUUAUGCUUUAGUGAGUCAUUCCAUAAAAUUUAUAGUAUAUGAUUUGAAAAAAGUUGAAUACAAAUUUGUACGGCGCAAUAGAAAUUUCAUCUGCAACGAAGUAACGAAUGAUACCGAAUCAGGAAGAACCGAUUGCAAUCACGCAAAACUGAUGGAAAAUAUAUUAAAUGUCAAGAAUACUAAAAGCAAUAGAAGAAGUUGUUCCUUAGAACUCUUGGCUGACUACACGUAUCUUACAAGAAUGGGUUCUGACAGCACCAGAGUAGUGGCACAGAUGAUGUUCUACGUCAUGAACGCAAAUUACGUCUUUAAAAAUUUAGACAUAGACCAAGAUGGAAUUCCUGAUAAUAUAGGGUUUAAUGUGGAAAAAGUUACAGUUUUCGGAGAUGAAAACAGUCCUAACUAUCCUUUUCGGCCAAAUACAAGCUACACUCAUACGACGUAUUUAGAUCAUUUAACUCGAUAUUCUCAUCCCUAUUGCAUGCUGAUCUGCUUUUGUCAUAGGGAUUUCGGGACCGAAUCGACGUAUUCGGUUGGAAAAGUGAGAAAGAGAGGAGGAAUAUGUUCCCACGAAGGGCCUGAAGAUGCCAAGAUAAUGAAUAAUGUGGGUUUCGUUACGGAUAUAGAACAUGGAUUUCUAUUGCCAAAAGUUGAAGUAGCCGCCAAUGUACUUCACCAAUUAGGACACGCAUUUGGUUGCCCGCACGAUCCUGAAAAUUGUAAACUAAAUGAUACCAACAUCAUGCAUCCCGACAUUCCCCUUUGGGCAACUUCGAGCAAUUUGAAAUUUUCUCCAUAUUGCAAGAGAAAAAUCCGACAAUACUUACAAAGGAAAGAAAUAGAUUUCUGCCUGAAGACACUGCAAAGAUCAGUGUGUGGAAACGGAAUUGUGGAGGAAGGGGAAUCCUGCGAUUGCGAUGAUUCUACCGGUCAAUGUGACAUAGAGAAGACGUGCUGUACGUCUAGAAACUCUCCAUUACCAUGCACGAUUCAAGAAGAAAAGGACUGUUCUCCCGCUACAGACGAAUGUUGCGAUUUGAAUUGCAGAAUGAAUACGCGUGGAGGCGUAAAGUGUUUCAGCAACGUACCGUGUUACAACACUUCCAAUGUAUGUAGUAUAAAGUCGCCAUUUUGUCCGUUGACACUGGAGCCAGACCAAACACCUUGUUUAGGAACAGCCAAAACUUGUCGUUCCGGAAAAUGCAUCAGCAACGUCUGCGAAGACAAUAAGCUAAAAAGUUGCGAUUGUUUGCCUCUAAAAUGGGAAUGUCACGUUUGUUGCGAAAGUAAACCUAAAAUCUGUCAAAGUGCCGAGUCGCUCGGUUACGUUCCGUCCAAUCAUCAAGUAUACGUAAAAGCAGACGGAUCGCAUUGCGAUAAGAAUUUUGGAAUUUGCACGAGUGACGGGUACUGCGCUUCGAAGAAAAGUUACAGUUUAUGGUACUAUAUGUCACCAUUGCCUUUCAUUGUACUAAUAAUUGUAGCUUUGCUAUAUCUUCCCGGAAAAUCGAAACCGAAGGACACCGAAGACGUUCUAACGACAAUACAAAAGAAAAAGGUAGUCAAAUCGCAACAGAAAUCUAAAGAAGAAAAACAAUCGCCAAUUGAAAACAUCAAACAGCGAAUGUCUUCCUUGGGCUUAAAGUCCAAAGGAGGUGCACAAUUACCUACACAAGACGAAGAAGAAACUCAAUCGCCUACUCGAGUCAAGAAGAGGACAAAAUUGCCCAUUAGAGUCAUGCAAAAGAAGACACCAGUGAAGAGCAUCGAGCAAGAAAUUCAGGGCGAACAAUCCUUAGACCAAAGCCAAGUCCAACAAGAAGAUCAAUCGACUGAUCGAGCAAAUCGAGCCAAGAAAACGAAAGUAAUUGUCAAGAAAAAGAGGAAACCGACGUCAUCAGAUGAUAAAAAUUGAAUUAUAAUCACUUUAAUUCGGUCAUAUUCUAGCAUUGUGAUCAAUUUUAAUUUCUGUAAUUAGAAAUAAAUAAUUUUAUAUGUCAUGGAAAUUUAAUCGUGUUUGUUUUUGUUCAUCUCACACAACUAUAAAUUCUUGUAUGAACAAUAUAUAAUAAUUUCUAUGUUAUUGGGCUGUAAUCUGAAAAAUAUGUAGACCUAUAAAGGCUUAUUGUCAUUCGUCUGUCCGUCUUUCCUCAAUC